AUGGCAGCUAACUACAUCUGGUUCAUUGUCGCGGGGACCCUCGUGUGUGGUGCCGCCAACUCGCUCUUUACCAAGUACCAGGACAACCAAUGUGUCCGCGACUGUGACACCGACCACCCCAAAUUGUUCGAGCAGCCGGCGAUCCAGACGCUCCAGAUGUUCGUCGGCGAGUUGCUGGUGAUUGUGGUGUACUGGCUUGUCUAUACUCGCAACGGUAACACCGAUCCUCAUACAAAACUCACGGUGUUUGACAACACCCGGCUAUCGAUCCCCGCCAUUUGCGACUUGUGUGCCACCACUUUGCUUAACGUGGGCCUUGUCUUCACUCCCGUGAGUAUCUACCAGAUGACGCGUGGUGCCCUCGUUUUAUUCGUGGCGCUCUUAUCGGUAUUGUUCCUUAAACGGCGCGUUACUAAGCUUGAGUGGAUCUCGUUGCUGUUGGUGACGAUGGGGAUUGCCCUUGUCGGGUUUGCUGGGUCUAGUAACGGUAAGGGCCAAGGUUUUAGUGGAGGGGUAGUGUUUGGCAUUGGUCUCGUGGUGUUGGCGACCCUCGUCCAAUCUUUCCAGUUCGUGGUUGAAGAACAAAUCCUCAGCGACCACCCCGUGGUCCCGCUUCAAUUAGUCUACUGCGAAGGCUUUUACGGCCUGGUGAUCAUCAUUGCCCUCAUGGCGAUCCUCCACGUGAUCAUGGCGAUGGUGUUGCCUCCCAGCCAAUUCCUUGACUCUCCGUUUAACAUCGGUGAGCUGGUGCUGGAGUUAGUCGGCAAUCGCAACGUCCUCUUGCUGCUGGUGCUUAUUAUGAUCUCGAUUGCCGCGUUUAACUACUGUGGCAUCACUCUCACCCACAAGAUCAGUGCCACCACCCGCCUGACGGUGGACACUUGUCGUACGCUUUUGGUGUGGUUCUGUGCCCUCGCUGUAGGCUGGGAACAAUUCAAAUGGCUUCAAGCGGUGGGGUUCGUCGUGCUUGUCUUCGGCACCUUAUGCUACAAUAAGGUGUUGCAGCCCGAACAAUGGAACUGGGUGCCGCUGUCGCUUAAGGAGCCGGUGCUGUUGGACCCUACUAAUGAGUACUUGGAGGAACGAGAGGUUUUGUAG